AAGAACGACCAACUGCGCGAGCCCGUCUACUAGGUUUUAGGCUGAAUGGAAGAAACGAUCUAGUAGAGCGUGUCAGCAAGGCUCCGGAUUUGAUAUCUGACUAUAGGUAUCGCUGAGUCAAGGAGUAUUUGAAUACCAACACCCUGCGGGAGAUGAACGUUACCGGUGUGGAGCUAGGCCUUAAGAACUUCAUCGAUGUCCGAUGCGCGCAAGACGGGCGGGUCGAUAAGGUGGCUCGUAUGCUUUGUGCGUCUGCUGUCACUACUGUCAACGCAGUCGAAAGGCUAAGCAUGAAAGAACUGGACCAAGCUAGAGAACUGCAGAAUCAAGUUCUGAGAUUAACCGAAAGGACAUUGGCGUUACCAUUUGGCAGGGCGAUGUUUAUUUUUGGAACAGUUACCAUCGUCACUCGUGAAACUUAUAGGAUUCCUCGAAUGGAGUAUACCACUCUACUGCAGCAACAGAAUCUCGCCACGGUCCCUGAUCCGGCCAAACUCAAUGCCGAAGUGAUCUCAUGGGCCGACUUCAAGUUCCAUAACGUCGUUGCAUCUGGUCUGAGGAUAUCACAUACAUCGACUGUUGCGGAUAGUUCUUGGAUCAAGUUCAACGAACCUGCAGAGCUGACAAGUGAAGAUGCAGGGUUCCUAUUCGUUCUCGGUCUAACAGGACAUUUACCUGUUCUCCUGGGCGGCGUAUAACGCCGCAUCUACGUCGAUAACUAUCUAGCACGGUUCUCGCCAAACCUGCUGAUUGGGAGAUGCGCAAACUGGGACCUCGUAGCGGGUGCCUGGCCACCAAAGCUGUUCUAUUCGGGAUGAAAUUUGCAAGGUGACAUGCGCCUGUGAAAGAGAGCCUUCGCACAAUAAAUUUGGAAUUAGGUGUCCUCGUCUUCGCUCGUUGCUCACUGAAUCCAUUCAUAAAUCUUCGUCAAGGCCCUCAAAGCCUCUGGAUUAUAUCUCUGCAUUUUGCGUAUGGACAUCAUAGUAUACAUAUCUUCUGAUGUUUGGGUAUCCUUCGCGGUCGGCCCAUAUUAGAUCUACAUCAAACGAGUAAGUCAAAUGU